AAGUCAUUUACUCCAGGCUGGAUCCCAUUCGCCUGGGUCUUCUAGAUUCAUAGACUUUUAUUCUCUUCUUGGGUGCUCGCCUACCGCCAGCCAAAAAAAAUUGAAAUCAGCCCUACGCGCUGCUCGGCUAACGUUACAUCCGGAUAAAAACAUUGAAUUAGAGGAAAAAGAACAAGAAGAGAGACGCCAGCAGUAUACUUGGCUUGAACAGGCAUGGCGUGUUCUUGGCGAUCCAGUAUCCCGCCGUCAAUAUGACUGUCGUAGGCUUCAGGACAUCCUGAUGCUGGAAUCCUCAGGCUGUCCGGUGCAAGGAUACUUACACUUCACAGAUUUCAUUCGUUAUUCCGAUAAUCUUGAUCAUUCAGAUAAUGGUUCUGACUGUAAAUUAGAGGCCAAAUACGAUUCAGGAACUGAACUCCAUUCACAUCCUACUCAAUUUGAUUUGUUUAUUACUCCCUGUAGGUGUGGUGGUUUUUACACAAUUGACGAGGUAGCAUUUACUUGCAGAGCAAAAUUCGCAAAAUGCUCCGACUGUUCACUAGCAGAGAUAACUUGCGUUGAAGAUAUGAGUAAAUCUCACCUCAAACAGGUCACCUUUUCUGAGGGUGUGGUGGAUAACGAAAAGAAAGACUGCACUUCUCUGCCUAAUUUAUCUUCACAACCACUUCCAUUCCAAAUUUUGCCUGAAGACAGGAAGUCAACUCGUAAAUUUCAGGCAUUUUGCCUUCGACAGGCAGUUUAUAUAGUUGACUGCCUUGGUAACUAUAACCCGACUCUUGAUGAACUUGCGUUGGCUUUACAUUGGCUGGAUCAGGAUCACUUUGAUGAUGUGGCCGUUGAGCGCAAUGCUUACAAACGCUGUGGAUACGUUCUCUGUGAUAGACCUCGUGGGGAGGAGAUCCGGCAACAAUAUAGAAUUGUCUCUAGAGAUCGUCGUGUCUAUGAAGUCGGAGACCGCAAACGCUUCUGUUCCGAUUGGUGUUACCAAGCUUCGGAGUAUUUACGACGCCAAAUUUCUAGUGAUCCAGUUUGGUGUAGAAAUUAUCUUCCCAAAACUACUGCAGAAUGCCGUGCAAAUCUGCGGCUCCUCUCCAAGUCGGCUAAAGGUAAACCCGGUCGGGCUUUGCUCGAUGGUAUGUCCUAUUUACGAUGUAGCGAUGGCCUCCUUCAGCAUGACAAUCCAGAACCCGAGGUAUCUGAGCCGAAUGACGUUCUGACAGGCAAUGACGAAUUUACGGGAUACACUCCUUCAUUAACUGCUGAGCAGCCUUCCGAUGCCGAGUUAGCUUUAAAAAAUAAUCCGGCUUCAGCAAUAAGUUCUUCACAUGACUCCGAACCAUUUUAUGAUAAAUACUUAUGGGGUACCAAGGUUGUGCCGCCAUCCAGAAACAUGAUUUUUGAGGAUAAAAGAAAAGCCAAUAAAAAAACAGAUUUAAUUUUGCUUACUUCAAGACUAACACUAAAUGAUGCAAAAGAACUCUUUCCAAGCCAGUCCAGUGGACCCUAUAUGCAUCCUUCUAAAGCACCCACUUAUGAAUCGCAAGCACAAGACCUUUCCUGGGAGCCAGAAACUGAAUUGAAGAACUUUAGCCCUUCACUUUGCCUUGUAUUUCGUCGCUUACUCGAUUGGCUUACUCCAGAAGCUGCGAUAUUCCUAGGUCUCACAAUCGAAGUUAGCCCAAAAGGGAUGGAACAAAAGCAGGCUAAGGAUAAGUUGGAGGAAGGCGAAGUCUCGUCGUGUAAUUGUUAUGAUGACGCAAUAGGGCAGAACGAUACUCCUUGCUAUCCUAAUCCUGAAGAGACUAGACGUCACCAAAUGAUGGUUUCUUUUCUUCGGGCCAAGGCUUACGCCGAAGUUAAUCCAGGACAAAUUGCUGAAGGGGCUGCUGAUGCAAACUCAGAUAGCUUAGCAGAUCUAUCAUUUCCUCUGGUUCAUUCGAUCUCACAGAAAAGAAUACGCCAGGAAAUUCUCUUAGAUUCUAUAUAUACUGGGUGA